CACACCAGCCCGACCCAGCCGCCUGCUUCGACUUGGAGUUCGACCCGCUCUGCAAGAAAGAAAACGGAACACGCACAGAAGGGGAAGGGGAAGAGAGGGGCAGGGCACACCACCACCAAAGCCAGACCGCCAGACCGAGCGCGCGCCUUCCUCCGACGAGGCGAGCCAAGCCCAGAUCGAAUCCCCCCUCCCGAGUCCAUGGACGGAUCCCACUCCCACGCGGCCGGAGGCGGCGAGGGGACGCAGAGGACGCUGAACCCCUAUGUGACUGGUAACUCUGUGAUUGCAAUGAAAUACAAGGAUGGUGUGAUCAUGGCAUGUGACACUGGAGCCUCCUAUGGGUCAACUCUGCGAUACAAGAGCGUGGAGCGUAUCAAGGAGGUUGGUAAGCAUAGUCUUAUUGGAGGGAGUGGGGAGUUUAGUGAUUUCCAGGAGAUUCUGCGCUAUCUGGAUGAACUGACUCUGAAUGAUCAUAUGUGGGAUGAUGGCAACUCAUUGGGCCCCAAGGAAAUCCAUGCAUACCUGACAAGGGUGAUGUACAACCGGCGCAAUAAGUUUGACCCCCUGUGGAACUCCCUGGUGCUUGGUGGAGUGAAGAAGGGCCCAAAGGGUGAUGAGAAGUAUCUUGGCAUGGUUAACAUGAUUGGUACACACUUUGAGGAGAACCACAUUGCCACUGGAUUUGGGAACCACAUGGCAAUCCCAAUACUUCGUGGUGAAUGGCGUGAGGACAUGACCUUUGAAGAAGCUGUUAAGCUGAUUGAGAAGUGCCUGCUGGUCUUGUUGUACCGUGACCGGUCAUCCAUCAACAAAUUCCAGAUUGCCAAGAUCACGACCGAGGGAUCGACCAUCUACCCGCCGUAUGCCCUGAAGACCAACUGGGGAUUUGCCGCCUUUGAGAACCCGUCCAAGGGCGCUGUAGGAACAUGGUAGACAUAUGCUGCUGCAGCCAUGAGCUAGAAAACGUAGCAUACUCUGCUGCUGAAGCAGUUUCGGCCCGUGUUAGUGUUUGAUCCGAACAUGACUGGAACUCGACAUCUGCUUUGUGUGACAUGCUAUAAUUUGAUUUCAAGUUUUAUGAACA